AAAAUCAGUAUCACACGGAACGGCGCAUCGUUGACUCUAUCACUGGAAAAAGCUCCUCUCCAAACAACGUUUCCAAUCGAGGCCACGAUUAAUUAUUUUGCACGAUGGCACGAAAGCACAGCCGUAUGAUGGGCUACAGGCUCCUCUGCAUGAUCGUCGUGCCGACAAUGUACUUGCUUUUCAUAAACACGUUAGCGAUGCUGCUUCCUAACAGCAUGGAGAGUGCGGGUGUUAAACCUACGGACACGCGGCUCCGCAAACUCUUGCAAUUGGAACCGGUGACCGUGGCACCAGAAUCAAUAAAUUGCACUCCUCCAGCGAUCAAAGAGUUCCCGCCCGAUGGUCUUACGCGGGAGCAGAGACAGUCGGGUUACAUAGUGAUACACUUUCUGAUAGCGAUUUACAUGUUCCUGUUGCUGGCCAUCGUCUGCGACGACUUCUUCGUGCCCUCCAUCAAAAAGAUCUGCGACAAAAUCGACUUGACGGAGGAUGUUGCAGGAGCGACGAUUAUGGCAGCAGCCAGUUCUAGCCCAGAAUUGUUCAUCAACGUCGUGGGAACCUUCGUGACGGAAGGAGAUUUGGGCGUAGGCACGAUUGUCGGUUCCGCCGUCUUCAACGUCCUAGCAGUGCCUGCCUGUUGCGGUUUAUUCGCGAAUCAGGUAUUGAGCCUGGAAUGGUGGCCUGUAACUCGAGACACCGCCGCGUAUACGAUUACGGUUGGCUUAUUAAUUUUCUCGCUGCGAAACGGUCGAGUCGAGUGGUACGAGGCACUGAUUCUCGUCCUUUUCUAUCUCCUCUACAUCUUCACGAUGUGCUUCAGUCGUACCAUCAACCAGUUCUUCCAACGCAACACCUUCAGGAGGAAAAAGUAUAAAAACCUUUCGGAGGAAAGCCCCCUCAUUUCUAAUGACAUGAUGAAGAACGCGGACAUAAAUGUAUUGGAAUCCAGCACAACGGACGAGACACUCGACAUAGUAAAUAUGACGAAUUGGCCGAGCUCGGCGUGUGAAAAAUUGUGGUGGGUGGCCACAUGGCCUAUUAAUUUCGUGCUUCUCAUCACGAUACCUGACAGUCGGAGAAGUUCUUUGAAGAAUUGGUACCCCCUCACCUUCAUUAUGUGCGUUGUGUGGAUCGCGAGUACAUCGUACAUAGUCGGAUGGGUCAUCACUGUAAUCGGCGAUACGUUUAGGAUCCCCGACUCCAUAAUGGGAUUGACCUUUCUUGCGGCAGGAAUGAGCGUACCGGAGGCUGUGUCGAGCGUUAUCGUUGCGAAUCAAGGUUUCGGAGCCAUGGGUAUAAGCAACUCGAUAGGCUCGAACGUGUUCGACGUAUUGCUCUGUCUUGGAUUGCCUUGGUUGUUGAAAGCAGGCCUGUUCCCCACGGUCCCUGGCCAGCAUCACGUGCAGAUCAAUUCGCAGGGUCUCGUUUACAGUUCGAUCUCAUUGUUCUCCACUCUGGCCGUUCUCUACGUUUCCCUCGUGAUCAGCAAAUUUAAAUUGACGAAAACCGUCGGAAUCGCUUGUCUCAUCAUGUACGCCAUUUUCCUGAUGUUCGCCUCUGUCCUUGAACUUAAUACGUUCUUCGUGGUGAACCUGCCAGCAUGCGUUGACUGACAUUCGCAGAUCCAGGCGUCCACAAAUCGAUUAAUCAUUUAACCAUAAAUUUCGAACUGAACGUACUAUCGACGUCGAGUCGUUAUAGUAUUUUCUUUUUUUCUUCUGCAGAACACGUUGCACCGAAUCGUUGACGUGCCACUGCAUAUCCGGCUAAAUGACGACCGCUUUGUGCUCGCUACUGUUAUUUAGGCUCUGAAUUGAUUAUCUUGAACAUAAGCGCGUGCGGUCGCGCUUCUUCGUAUUUCCUUUUUUUGUGUGUGCAUGGGAAUGUAUGCAUGAUGCAUGUAUAUAUGGAUGCGUGUAUAGUCGUAUGUGUGUAAACAGGUAUAUAUGUACAUAAAUAUAUAUCUAGAUUAGAGAUGUAGAAUAUUUUUAAUAAAUCAUUGAUACUUCAUUGUAAAUGAUGACCUUUCAA